GUGCAGAGAAGAGAGCAGGGGAAGAAGACAAGCAGAUGUAAGACUUCGUCCUGUGGAGGGGGAGACUUGAGCAUCUCAAUCAUCAAAUCAGGAUGUUUCCUCUUAUCUGGGUGACUCUGCUCUUUGUUGUAAGAGGCAACAGUGCUAACAAAGUGGCAUCUUCAAGAGAAACAAAGUGCUCUCAAAAUGGACUUGGCGUUACCGUUAGUGGAGCAGAAAUUACAGCAGAGGCUGGACUCUGUAUCAUGAUACCAUGUAAUAUUACCACUGAUCCUGGCUUCACUUUGGAAUGUGCAGUCUUGCACAAAUGCGAUCCUUCCCAACAGAACUGUAGUGUUUCUGACAAAAUACUCCACUUGGUCAAUACCAGCCUAAAUGCUCAGUCUGGGUCCAGAGGAAGGGUGUCAUUCCUUGAGCCUGAUCUGAAUCAGAGGAACUGCAGCAUAAUCAUCAAUGACGUCACUGCGUCAGACUCUGGAUCAUAUCAGCUCAGACUUCAUGGUAUCCUGCAUGGAUCAUCGCAAGAAUACACAUCUGCUGGAACAACUAUCACUGUGAAAGGUCUGACCCAGAAGCCCACAGUGAUGAUUCCUCCUCUGAGAGAGGGCCAGCGGGCCACACUGACCUGCACUGCUCCUGGUCUCUGUUCAGGAUCUGAUCCUAAAAUUACCUGGACAUGGACAGGGGCAAGGGAGGAGGACUCUCACAUCACAGGAAACAUCACUGCUUUCAAGACUGAGGCUGUGACUGCUGUCACACAGAGACACAGCUCAACAUUGACCUUUAACUCCUCAGCUGAACACCACGGCACCAAUGUCACCUGUAAGGUCAGCCUUGCAAACAACAUCACAACAGAGGAGACAGUGACUCUGAAUGUGACCUAUGUAAAGGAAGUUCAAAUCACUGGGAAUACAAAUGUUGACAAGGGGAAGACUCUGAAUCUGACCUGCAGUGUUGAAAGUUUCCCUCCAGCUCUCAUCACAUGGACAAAGCUAGGCUUGAGCAAAAACCUGAACAGUGACUCUGGGUCGAUGAUGCUUGUCAUCCCUAAUGUGACGGCAGAAUAUUCCGGACGGUACAUCUGCACUGCUCAGCAUCUGAACAACAGCCUAAUGGCAGAAGCUAACAUAACAGUGAUGUAUGUGAAGCAAUCCGAAAUAAUUGGAAAGACAACUGUAAAGGAGGGAGAUGCUCUGAAUCUGACCUGUAUUGUUGAAAGUUUCCCUCCAUCUCUUGUCAUAUGGACUAAAUACCCAUCCAACAAUAACGUGAGCAGUGGAGGUGAUACUCACCCGCAGAACAACACUGGAUCAGCCACUCUUGUCAUCCCUCAAGUAACAGGAGAACAUGCCGGACAGUAUACCUGUACAGCAAAACACCUGAACACGACUUUCACUACAUAUGCCAACGUCACUGUAACUUUUGGUCCAAAGAUCCUAAACAACUCUGGAUGCAUUAAUCAGUUAGAGGUUCUGACCUGUGUGUGUAUCAGUGAGGGAGUGCCUUUACCCACCAUCAAAUGGCCCCUUUUGGAGAACUACACUGAGUAUUCAGUCACUACCACUGUGUCAAACCACGGAGUUAAUAGCACCACCACCCUAACAACAAAAUACCACAGCAACACAGUUGUUGAGUGUGUCAGCAGCAAUGAAAAUGGAGAAGUAAAAAGAAACUUCAUUAUAAACAAAGCAGAACAAGAAGGUGACAUUAUGGAAGGGUUAAGAUUUCUUACACAGCUGGAAAUUAUUUUUGCAUUUUUGGUUGGUGCUCUUCUAUCUGCAAUCAUUUGCUGUUUGGCAAGAAAAUGCCACAGAAAACAACAGAGAAUCUAUGGAAAUUUGGCUGAGACUCUGGAGAUGGUUACAAGUCAUGAGGAUCAGCUGGUAGAUGCCAGUCAAGCAGUGGAAGAUUAUCAGGCCAUUGACCAAGUGGCAGCUGAAGCAGCAGUAGCCGUGGCGCUAGGGAAAUCUGACGGCGAUUACUCGAAGAUUGAUUUUUCCCUGCUUAAAAGAAGGGACCCUGAGGAGACAAGGACAACACAAGAAUCCACAGAGACGGAGUACGCUGAAAUUAAAGAAUUAAAGAACAUUAAUGAAGAAGCAGAGGAGAGUCAAGAUGGAGAGGGUGAAGAGGAAAUGACAGGUGAGGAUGAGGACACAAAACAUUGUGUGUCGGAGGAGAAGGAAGGUGAGGAUAUGGCACUGUAUUCCAAUGUGAAGAUUAAAAUGAGUCAGAUCUGAUAGUUUUGCUUGAGGAUUAAGUUAAUUCAGAUUUUUUUUAGAUGUGAUAGCUUCUUGCAGUUUUGUUUUUUUUCUGCCACGAAUUGAUUGAUUAAUUUUGUGAUUUUCAAAAGUCAAACUGAGCCUAUGGUAAGCCUUAAAUGCUAGACAUUGUGUUACUGUCUGAAUUUGGUCAUUUAGUGAGUCAGAUUUGUACAGUAGCAGCACUGACCACAGUAUAGUAGUUCAUAAAUUGGUUUCUUAAGUGGUUAUUUUGAUUGAUCUUAUUAGAGGUAAAUGUUUAGCACCUACAGUAGUACCUGUCACUCAUUACAUUGUUGUCACAACAUCAGAUGAAAUACAAGUCCAUAGUACAUGUACAAAUCAUAUCCAAUCCACAUAUUUGUAAGUCCCUGUGGUCUAUCUCAACAUUAAUACAUGAUCAGAAUACUACAGAAGAAAGAAAGGGUAAAAAUUGUUUCAGAUUGUUCAUACUUCAUAGAUUUUAUUUUGCAGUACUACUUUUACUAUUUAAAUCAGUUUUAAAAAUGUAGAAGUUGGAUAAACCGUAUAUACACUGUAAUGCACUUAACUAACUCCUUCAUAUAGCAUUUCAAAUGUGUUUUACUCAUAGAAAUGAAAUGAGAGUAGAAACAAACCGUCAUGUGACAAGUUGCAAAACAACUGAGGAGAGCUAGGAGAAUGUUACCAUAUCUGUUAUUUCCCUGUUUCUUUUGCUGAUUUUAUAUAUAUGAUUUUUCUGUAUGUAACUGUUAAUAAAGAAAUAAGUAGUAAACCA